UCCAUCAGAGCUCCCCUGUUUUCACCGAGGGUGCAGUGCCAUGCAGUGGGCUUGGCUCCUGGGCUCCCUUCUGACCUUGGGGUCCCUCAGCGCCGAGGGGAGGCGGAGGGCCCUGGGGAGGAAGGGGAGAGAAGACUGGCCAAAUGCCCAGCCAGAGGAACAAGAGAGAGAGUCCCUUCUGUUUAAGCACUUACAGGAGGCCCUGGAGUUGUCCCCUUUCCAAGAACCGAAAAGCCCCACUGGAGCUUCGGAGGGGGGUGCUGGGGGAGAAGAAGAGGAGGAGCUGGAGGAGAGCCCCACCGAGGCUUCCACCCUCAGCCCCACACUGUCCCCCACCCCUGAGGAUGCCAUUUCCUAUAUCUUGGGCCGCCUCACCGGGCUGGACUCCGGGCUGCAUCAGCUGCACGUUAGACUGUACACUCUGGACGCCCGCGUAGCAGAGCUGUCUCGGGGGCUUCAGCUGCUGAGGAAAGAGGCCAGAGACACCCGGGAAGCCCUGGAGGCCAUGGAAGAGGCCCAGAAGCAGGGGAGGCAGGAGCGUGGGCGCCUGCAGGGCUGCCUCAAAGGCCUCCGCCUGGGCCACAAGUGCUUCCUCCUGUUUCGGGAUUUCCAGGACCAAAAGUCAGCCCAUGCUCAGUGCAGGGAACGUGGGGGCAGCCUGGCCAUGCCUGCUGACCGGGCCCAGAUGGAGGCCCUGAGCCAGUACCUGAAGGCCAGCCUGGCCCCCUAUAACUGGCCCGUGUGGCUGGGCAUCCACGAUCGGAGGGCAGAGGGCCUCUACCUCUUUGAGAACAACCAGCGAGUGUCCUUCUUUGCCUGGCAUCGGGCCCUGCCCAUGGGUGGCCCUGGGGCUGCUCCCACCCCUGGUGGCCCGGGCCACCCUGCCCUGGGGCCAGACCAACCCAACGGGGGAGAGCAAGAGAACUGUGUGGCCCAGGCCUCUGACGACGGCUCCUGGUGGGAUCAUGACUGUGGCCGCAGAUUCUAUUAUGUCUGCGAGUUCCCCCACUAGGGGCCCCGCAGUCAGCCCUGACCCUCCUCCAGCACCCCUUGGGGAGCCUCCAGAAUUCAUCCUUCAACACCCAGCUGGAACCCACCUGGGACCUCCCUGCCCCCCCCAGGACCUCUCCUCUGAGCCCUCGCUUUUCCCAAUGUGCCCAGAUGUACUAGGGGUCUCCUAGGGCUAGCCCCCCCCCACAGACAGACACACAGACACACACCGCCUGAUGCUGGGCAGGACCCACAAAGGCAGCCAGGACACACCACCCAGCCUGUCUCGGGAGGUAGUGAUCUCCCCAUCCUUGGAAGUCUGAAAGCAGAGGCUGGAGGAGACAAGAUGAUGCAUGCCCCUCCCCAGGUUCCUCCCUCCCCCCUUUCCCUCUGCCCAUACACUGCCCUGUCCCCCCCUUCUCCUUUCUCUGCCUGCCCCCCACCCUGGGGAUUGGCACUGGAAAGGAGGAGCCCAGAGUGGUGGAAAGGGCACCAGCUGGGAGAUGGGAGACUGCCUGGUGACCUUGUCUGAGUCCUUUCCAUCCCUCUUUUAUGAAAUAA